AUGACAAAGGACGCCUCCUAUUAUACAGCUAAUGAAGAUCCUGGUGUUUUAAGGAUUUUUGUUAUAAGACAUGGCCAAACAGCUGAGAAUUCAAAGAAGAUUUUACAGGGACACUUGGACACCGAUUUGAAUGAAACUGGAAUCGAGCAGGCACACAAACUGGGCUCAUACCUUGCCAACGAUAAAAAGAUAAAGUUUGACAAGAUAUACACCAGCGAUUUGAAGAGAUGCCAGCAAACCCUCGCACAAAUACUAGACAGCUACCCAAAGCAGGAUACACCAGAAGUUGUCAAAGAUAGUGGGCUGCGCGAGCGGUCCAUGGGUGAAAUCCAAGGCAUGCACUUGGACCAAGCCGAGGAGUACGCCGCGAAGCACGGAAAAGGUUCCUUCCGCGAUUUUGGAGAGAAGCCUGACGCCUUCGGAAAAAGGCUGACGACCGCGGUAAAUAAUAUCGUGGAAGACUGUCGCGAUCUGAAGAACAUAGCAAUGGUAAGUCAUGGAGGUUCUAUCCGCCAGCUUCUCAUGUGGCUUGACUAUCAAGAGCACGACAUUCGUAGGAUCGUUGUUUUCAACACUUCUGUGACCGUUAUAGACUACGUGAAAGACGCCAAACGCUAUGAUGUUAAAAAGGUUGGAAUGACUCAGCACUUGGGUAGUGGUGAGUUUGUUGUAUCCGAUCUUCGGCUGCGUUAG